AUGUGGGCUGAAUGUCGAUACGUCAUGGACAGUAAGGACGAGUUAGCAGCUCAUUUUGACGUCCACCUCAAUCAGUAUGCGAACAGUCGGCAGCUGUCAUAUAACAAUCCUUGGCCUUGUCCAAUUGGUACUUGCCUACAUGUAGCCGAUGCAGCAGUUGACUUGAAGCGCCAUCUCGCAAUGCAUCAGUUCCAUGCCCAUGCUCAAUUCGUUGGAUUGUUAAUUAUUGGGGCAAAACCAGAUUUCAAGAGCAUGCAGAGCUGCGGAUUUCCACCUACAUUAGAUAUAGCAUACACAGGCGACAUCACUUACUGUCUUUGGGAUAACUGCCAUGACAAUUUCUCAGAUCCACUGCACUUAUUCAAUCAUGUCAUGACACAUAUUGACUUUCUCAGUAGCGACGAUCGUGUUUGUGAUGAAGAAUCAAUGUCACUUCCACAACAUAGAUGUCUUUGGGAAAACUGUUACCGGCAGUUUGAAAACAAAGGAGAUUUGAGAAAGCACGUUCGACAUCACAGUGGAGAGAAGUAUUGUGCGUGUCCUUUUUGCGGUCGCUUCUUCUCAAGACCUGAUAAACUCUAUGAACAUCUUCGCAAACGGGCGCCGAUCCCACAGGGCAAAGAAAACCAGCACCUCUGUCUUCUAUGCCAGCGUCGCUUUGGCGAUGAGCGCUCAUUGGUGAACCACGUGCGGCGUCACAUCAACGGAAGACAGUGCCC